CAACACAAAGCCAAACCAAGCCACGAAAAAAUAGCAGUUAAAGAUAUUAACUAGGCAUUGAAAAUAACGAAGUAAACAAUCAGCCAAAACUUGAAAACCAAUCUCUCUCUCUCUCUCUCUCUCUCUGUGCAAUGCAUUACAUAUGCUAUCAAAUUGCCAUCGCAUAUCCAAACCCAAUGCGCCUCAACAAACUCACACUACAUGUUUUCCUGCUUUCACCACCAUUGAGUCCUUUUAAAAUCACUUCCUAGCUUCUUCAUUCAUCUAUUCUGUGUUAAUUUUGCUGAGUUUCUGUUCUUUCUUUGCUUUUCUGUUUUUUUUUUCAGUAUCUUUGUCAUGUCAAGUUAGUCUGUUCAACAUGGCCUUUUCUUAAAUCUAUCUUUUGGUUCACAAUCAUGCAGUUUCAUCCUUAAAUCUGUACCUACACAUAGCUCAGGGGCUUUGGGCUAAAGAUUUUUUUUUUUUUUUUUAAAGAAAAUAUAUUUGUACAAUUUUUAGGUUUAUCGUAACACCUUAAAUCUAUUCUCUCUCCCUCUCUCUCUCUCUAUACAAGUGAAGUGAAACUGUGAAAGAUUUGAACAACGAAAUUAAACUACCAUCAUCAUAUAAGUUUUUGAUGGAAGCCCAAAGUCAAAGUCGUCAAAGGGUGGUGGUGAUUCAGGAUGCAUCGAAAGAAGUUAGUACGCAAGCAGUCAAAUGGGUCCUACUUGGGUUAUCCCUUAAACAGGGAGAUACAAUCACCCUGCUUUCAGUUAUUCAUCAGCUUAAUAAUCCAAUGGGAUACACAAACAGAAUCGAUAGCUCAAUUUUCAGUACAAACAAGAAAUUUGUUGAUGAAGAGAUCGCAAAGAAGAAGAAAGAAUAUCAAAACGACGAGGAACUUACUCAGAUAUCCAACGUCUAUCAAAAGAAAAAGAUCAUGUUCAAGGUCGAAGUGGUUGCAGGACCUUCACCAAAGGUGGUCGCCUUAGAAGAAGCCAUUAAAUUAAGGGCUACAUGGGUCAUACUUGACAGGCAAAUGAAGAAAGAUAAGAAAUACUUCAUGGAGAAACUCUCAUGUGGGAUAUCAAGGAUGAAGCGUGAUAACAACAUUGAAAAAUUAAGAGGGCCAAAAGAAAGAAGUCAUACCAAGAUCCAAUUAACAUAUGACAAAAUGAUACCAGGUUCCUCAGGGGGUGAUGAUCACGAUCUUUUCAGUAUAGAUCUCCCACAAUAUUUUACUCCAAGCCUGGAAAGCACUGAUGAAUCGACAAGUUCUUCUUUAAGCACAAGAAAGGGCACCCCUUAUCCCAGUCCAAGGGAAAACAAUACAGAACUAAGGAUAGAAACUGUCAAAAUAAUGGCAUCUUUAGAUGGCAUUCCUAAUAAAUAUGAGAUUGAUUCAACACAAAGCAGCAACAAAGAAGAUCUGAUAACACCACCAUUGAAGCCUGAGAAGUACCACUCAUAUGAUCAUCAUUCCAUUUGUACAAUCUGUAAGAAUAGACGCCCAACAAUGGCAAAUAUGGGAGGAUGGAAAAAGGACUUCACUUAUGCAGAGCUUCAAGCUGCUACAAAUGGGUUCUCCCAAGAUAAUAUUAUUUUUAGAAGAGGAUAUGGAUCCAUCUUUAGAGGUCGACUAAAAGAUAAGUUGGCGAUAGCAAUUAAGGAACAUAAAGACACAAGUUUUCAUGGGGAAAAUAAAUUCAACUCGGAAGUCAAACUACUCAACAAAGCCAGGCAUAAGAAUGUGGUGAUGUUGUUGGGAUCCUGUAUAGAAGGAAGCCAAAGGUUGCUUGUCUAUGAGUAUGUGUGCAAUGGUUCACUCAACCAACGUCUAAGAAACAGCAAACCUUUAACUUGGGGGGCAAGGAUGACAAUUGCACUGGGAGUUUCCAGAGGUAUAAAACAUCUGCAUGCCAACAACAUAAUCCACAGAGACAUCACAACAAACAACAUUUUGGUGACCCAUGACCUCGAACCACUGCUUGGAGGUUUCGGAAUUGCAACAACAGAAUAUGAAUCAGAUGAUCAGUCAGACCACAGCAGGGUCAUGGGGACCUUUGGAUACAUGGCACCAGAAUAUGCAGAGAGUGGAAAAGCAUCAUACAACACAGACAUCUACUCCUUUGGUGUCAUCUUGUUAGAGCUCAUCACAGGUCGAACUACCAAGGAUAAUAGACUUGAGGGGAAAAGUCUACUGGGAUGGGCAAAACCAUUUCUGAAACAAAAGAAGUAUGAUGAGUUAAUUGAUCCAAGAAUUUUCAAUUCCCAUGAUGACACCCACCAAUUCAGUUGGACAAUUCAACUAUCAGGGAACUGUGUCGCUAAGGAUCCCCAGAAUAGGCCUUCCAUGGAUAAGGUGGUUUCUACACUAGAACAUAUUAUGGAAGGGAAAAAUCCAUGGGAGGGAAAAACAUAGUUGUCCAAUAUUGAAAGGUCAUGAUGAAAAAGCUGAACAAGAAAGCAACAUACAAAUGUUGAGUCAAGUAAAGCCACCAAAAUUUAAAAUAAUCACUUUGAAAAACAAAUCAAUAUUUAUUAAUUACAAUAUCAAGUGGUAUGUAUUGAUUGUUCAAAAAAAAAAAAAAAAAAUGAAAAAAAUGAAAUGUAUCGAAAAUCAAUAGAUAGACGUUUUGGUCAGCAUCUUCACCAACCAAUACAACAAGAAGGUCAGCACAUCCGCCAUUUAUAGCUCUACUCCUUGUAUUGCCAAGAGGUUAUGGGAACAAAUUAAAAAAAAAAAAAAAAA